AUCAAGCAAAAGGUGAAUAUCAGAAAAAUGGUAUGGAUGUAUGGUUCAUGAAAAUCAUUGAUCUUGAAGUUGAUAACUAUGAAAAUAAAGAUCGAAUCGGAAAUGAUAUGAAGAAAAGAAUUAAUAAUAGGAUAUUUAAAAACGAAACGAUGCGAAUAAAGAAUAGUACCAUACCU